AUGCCCCGAGCCUUCUUGGUCAGGAGCCGGCGUCCGCAGCCCCCCAACUGGGGCCAUCUACCUGACCAGCUCCGGGGAGAUGCCUAUGUCCCAGACUGCAGCAGCCUUGGGGGCUCACCCGCACCCCAAUCUUCUGGCUACAGGGACUCCUGGGUGGUGCCCGCACCGGGCACGCUGGCCGCCACUCCCAGGGGCCCUGGGGCACUCCGCUGCCCCCUCUGCCCCAAGGCCUUCCCACUGCAGCGCAUGCUGACCCGGCACCUCAAGUGCCACAGCCCCGCUCGCCGCCACGUUUGCCGCUGCUGCGGCAAAGGCUUUCACGAUGCUUUCGACCUCAAGCGCCACAUGAGGACGCACACCGGGAUUCGGCCCUUCCGCUGUGGGGCUUGCGGGAAAGCAUUUACGCAGCGCUGUUCCCUGGAAGCGCAUCUUGCCAAGGUGCACGGGCAGCCAGCCAGCUAUGCUUAUCGGGAGCGGCGGGAGAAGCUGCACGUCUGUGAAGACUGCGGAUUCACCAGCGCCAGGCCUGAAGCCUACGCGCAGCACCGAGCCUUGCACCGCUCGGCCUGA